GAAUGAGACAUCAUAAUGUUGAUACAGGUGAACUUCUAUACCCAUGAGCAAUGGAAUCGUGUUCGGGCGCGGCUUCGUCGAGUGCGGCCGCCCCGCGCUCGCCCGGCCCCGCCCCCGCCCCCCCGCCCCGCUCCACCCUCCACUGUCGCGAUAGCCCCCGCGUCUCCGGCCCGGCGUGCAGAUGUCCCUGCGUCCCCGGGCAGGCGGGCAGACGUUCCUGCGUCUCCAGGCCGGCGGGCAGAGGUCCCUGCGUCUCCGGGCCGGCGGUCAGACGCUGCGGCAUCCUCAGGGGCGGUGCGCGGGCGCCCCGGGUCCCCCGGCGCGGUCGCAGCCACCCCAGGCCCGUCGACUGGCGGCGGAGGGGGCGGAGGGGGUCAAUCGCCGCGGCACCGCAUCAAGCCGCGGUUCCCGCGCCCGGAAGCCAGCAUCCCGAAAAACGUACCCGGCACGCCUGACUCCAACAGAGUUAUCGUUAGUGACUAUCCAGUAUACACACAGCCGCAAGAUCUGCUGCGAAUCUUCGCCAAAAUCGGCAACGUGAAGGUGAACUUGGUAAACACGAAGUGUUCGAUCCUGACGUACCCCACGGCGGCGGAGGCGGCCGCGGCGCUAGAGUUCAACAAGACCAAGACUAUCUACGGAUCCUUCGUCACCGUGCGACCCUACAACGAGAAGAUCCUGCUCGAAGAGGGCAGGCAGGCCAUGAAGAAUGAUUACUACAAGAAAAGGAAACAGAAGCGGAAAGUUCCAACAAUAGACCCGGUCAAGUUGGACUUGUCCGGUGACUUUCACCAACAGCUGGACAACACGCUGGGGGCGGUGCGUUUCAAUCAAGAGCAGGUAGCGGCGCUCAGCAGGCUCUACGUCGACGUGGAGCGGGUUAUGCAGACACUCUGGCCUGGUUGCACAGCAUUCCCCUUCGGAUCAAUAACGACGGGUCUCGGCAUCAAGUCUAGCGAUGCCGACUGCUACGUGAACGUGCCGCCGCAGUUCCGACAUCCCAACGCGAAUUUCGUCACUAAGGCCAAGCGGCUUCUUCAACAACAUCCCAACACCUUCACCGAGAUACUCUCCAUACCCAGGGCCAACACACCCAUAGUGAAAUUCUACCAUGUACCCACUGCAACAUACUGUGAUCUCACAUUCAAAACGCCUCUCGGGGCUCAGAACAGCAAGCUCAUAGCGUUCCUGCUGCAUUCAGACCCGAGACUUAUACCGAUGGCAGUCUUCAUCAAAUAUUGGGCGAAAGUUCACGAUCUCACUGGUACCGGUAAACUGACAAACUACGCGCUCACCAUGAUGAUCAUAUUCUACUUUCAACAGCCGCACGUGGCCAUACUGCCGUCCGUGGUGUGGUUGCAGAGAGAUUCCGCCAACGACUACAUAGUGGACUUCUGGAACACUGGGUUCAUGUGCAAGAAAGAAUUCUUUCCUCCAACCAAGAACAGAGCCAACAUAGCGGAACUGCUGGGAGGAUUCUUCAAAUAUUAUUCUCUGUUUAACUUUGACGAGCUUAUUGUCUGUCCAUACUUGGGUUUCCCAAUAAAGAAAAUGGUGUUCCAAGACCUUUAUGCGUUACCAAACGAGUUCGACCGGUACCGCUGUAACGUGUUGCAGGGUAAUGUGUUGCCUUUGCGACUCAACACGCCCAUGUGCGUUCAGGAUCCGUUCGAGCAGAGUCACAAUGUCGCGUCCGCCAUCACGAUGCGGCUGGCCGGCGACCUCAAGGAAUACUUCAAAUUCACCGCCACCGCAUUCGAAGAAGAUAAGAAUAAUAACUAUGCUGAAUUCCUAAAAAUAAUUCUUCUACAGAAACCGAAGCUAAUACGCAACAAGUCGCAACCCGAGUUUAGAGUAAAUCUGUUCCCGCGGAUCAUCUCGGCGAUCGACAGCCCCGACUGGAAGACGGUCGCCAGAGAUAUGAUAUUCACAAUAUUCGAAAAAAUGUUGAAGAUCAAGCUCGGUAAAGUAGAAGAGAAAGUGAAUCCAGACACCAUGAAGGAGAAGGAGAAAUAUUCUGGCUUGCUGACAAAAGCAAUAUGGAAAAGGAAACAGUUGAAUAAACUGUACUCAAUCAUGAACUUGAACUUCCAGCAGAGACAGGAGCGCAUCACCGAAGAGAUAUUGAACAUCGACCAAAUUGAUUUGAACAUUAUGUUUCAAUUAGUGUUGACGUUCAGUCACGAGCCGCGCAGUGUAGUGUUGUCGCUGCGCUGGCUCUCCGGAGAAGGGGAAGAUUAUCGAGAAUUUGGUAAAUUCUUCCUUACCAUUACACAGAGCUGGUUCAUGCAUCAGUUGAGAGUACAAUAUGGAUCCGGCAUAGACAAAGAUAAGAAUGACUUACAGGAGUCUGACCCGAAUGAGUCUCUAGACUCCGACGACGACUCGCCCAGCUCAGGUGAAGCUCGCAAAGAGUCCGAGGACCGAGAGGCGUCCCCCACUACGCAAUCCCCCACUACACCUUCCCCCACUACCCCCUCCUCGACGGAUAACCGCAAAGGUUCCCCCUCCCCGCCCUCAUCUGACACUAAAUGACAUUUCUUUACGUAAUGUAAAAAUCGAUUUAUUAGUUAUAGUGAAUACAAAAUAAUACUGUUAAGCUGAAUCAUAUGACGAUUUAUAAUUUGUAGAAUUUUAAUUCGAACUUA